AUGACGACCGAGCAGCGUCUUCUUCAUACUGAAAUGGCUGAAGAACACUUGUCAAUACGGGUGGACUCACGGGACUUUCGUGACGAUAACGAAUCAAACGAUGCGGCUAGACAAACAACAGCUGUUGAUCUUGAGACGAUAGAAAGCGACGAAGCAGGCAGGUCGCACGCAGAAAGCGACGUCGCCGAGGGCGCCGGCGACGCAUUACCCCUAAUCAGCAAGCGAACGAUCAACACGCACGGGCGGAGUCCGCGGCAAGAUACCAGCGAAGCGUCAGAUUUCACGUCAGUAGACGGCCAAGCGAACGGUUCAACGGAACCGACUCUCCAAUGUCGAUGUCUUGGUGGCCGGAGCAACAAAGUCGCAGACGAAUGCAGCGACGACGACUCCGACGACGCCUCCGGCGAUGGCGACAGCAGUUCGCGAAAGCAGUUCGCGAAAUCCCUCUCCGUAGGAAGCGCGGCGAGCGGCGGUGCGGGAAGCGGAGAGGUUAUUGACGCGAAACCGAACGACAUCAAAGCUCCAAUCCGCGUGCGACGCGUGGACUUCGACAUUAACAGCGAGAACCACUACGUGAUCGUGAUUCACGGCACGUUCGACGCGCCGCCCGCCGACGGCGCGCCGAUGUGGUACCAACCGCCGCCUGCCGGCGAGCAGAACUUCUGCCGGAAACUCAGCCGGCUGUUAGCGGCCGGCCCGAUCGGGCAUGACGCGGUAUGGCGCGACCUUCCAUGCUCCGCGCUCCCGGGAAUUCCGUAUCCGUUUCACUGGGACGGCUCGAACACGCAUGCGGGGCGCGUAACGGCGGCGAUGAAGCUGCACAACCUGCUCGACCAAAUCGCGCAGAACGACCCGGCGGCGCGGAUUCACCUCGUGGCGCACUCGCACGGCGGGAACGUGCUGCUCAAGACGAUCGAGCUGGUGAGUACGAGCGGCUAUACUAGACGUCUCAGAUUUCCAACUCGUAUUUUGAGGCGCAUCGAAACUAGACCUCUCGGAUUCCACCUGGUGGCGCACUCUCACGGCGGCAACGUGCUGCUCAAAACCAUCGAGCUGGUGAGUGACACGAAGGCCCAGAUGCCAAUUCGCAAAGCUUCAACCCCUUCUCUCCCCCGUUCCCUCCACUCUUUCCCCUUCCCCUUCCGCCCAUCCGCACAGUACAUGGCGAAGCUGGCGCGGCGCCCCAAGGCGGAGUGGCACCCGGCGGUGGCGCAGCGGUUCUGGGCGGCGCACAGGCGCGGCUACGAGCUGAUCAAGAAAUGGCGGCGCCUCGACUUGUCCGACUCGUGGUGGCGCUUCUUCCCCUUCCUCGUUGUGUACCGAGGGUUCAACGGGCAGAGGGUGAGCGGCGUGAAAGAGACCUACCCGUGGGCUCUCCACCAAUGGCUGCACACCAUGCUGAGCAUGCCAGCCGUGCGUUCGCUUCCUCUACCCCUCUGCACCGAACUCCAAUCCCUCUUCCCCCUUGCGCCCUCCCACCCCACCUCCCGUCACCCAGAGGGUGAGCGGCGUGAAAGAGACCUACCCCUGGGCGCUCCACCAAUGGCUCGAUACCCUCCUCGACCUGCCAUCUGUCCGCCAGCGCCGCUUCUCGUACUCAUCUGCACCGAACUCCACUCCCUCUUCCCCUCCUCUGCUCCCAGGUUCAACGGGCAGAGGGUGAGCGGCGUGAAAGAGACCUACCCCUGGGCGCUCCACCAGUGGCUGGACACCCUUCUGGACCUCCCAUCAGUCCGCCAGCGCCGCUUCCUGUCGUUCCGCCAGGCCACGUCGCCCGUCACCAACGCGCUGGGCUCUCUGGUGUUCCUGGGAACGCCCUUCUACAUCAAGAAGUGGCAGCGCCACGGGUUUGUGCGCAUGCUGCUGUCAGUGGGGGUGGGCGUGCUGCUGACGUUCCUCUUCAUUCUCGCCUACACGGCGCUCUGGGAGGUGCUGGUGCUGCUCAUGGCAGGCAGGCCGCAAGAGUUCUACGCGGAGUCGGCCCCGCACCUCGUCCUGCUGCUCAACUUCCUCAUCGCCACUGGCAUCAUGCUGCUCGUGCUGGUCAAGCAGAUCAUGGACGCCACGGGCAACACAGUGCUGUACAGCGGCAACCUCUACCACAACCCGGCCUUCGACUGGUCGCCUGCCAUGUCCGCGCUGGUCAUUCACGCGGGCAAGCUGGACGAGGCGAGCCUCGCUCUAUCCAUGGAGCCAAUCACGCGCGCCUACGUCUUCCCCCACCUGACAAAACUCCUGAAGCAAACCCCCUGGGCCCCGCUCCCAAAAGCCCCCACGCGCUACGCCCCCCAGCGAGUGUGGUGCUCCUUCCUGUUCCACUGCUCCGUGGUGCUCGUGUGGGACGUGCUCUUCUUCCUCCCCGCUGCCAUCCUGUCCCUCGUCUCGCACCUCAUCGCCCCGCUGGUGACCGGGUGGAUUCAGCAGGCCGUGGUGGCCGUCAGCUUUGGGCUGUCUCCAGGGGAUUUGAGCUACGCGUAUGUGUAUGUGGACGAGCAUCUGGAUAUGGAGCUGGCUACGCAGCAAGUUGAUCACUGGAACGUGCAGGUAUGGAACGUGGAAGGGUGGGGAAGUGAAAUCUGGCUUAGUUGGUACCCUGUUACUGCCACACAGACGGAUUUGAGCUACGCGUAUGUGUAUGUGGACGAACAUUUGGAUAUGGAGCUGGCUACACAACAAGUGGAUCACUGGAACGUGCAGAAACUGCUGGCAGAGGCGAAGACCAAGUCCCUCAAGGGAGAGCUCAUGCCUGGGUAUGAAGACGACACCGUGGAGCAACCCGAUUGGCUGGAGCCGUCCCCUGCGGCCCAUCGCCGUGACCGCACGCCCCGUUGUGACGGCAGCACCAGCACUGCCACUACGCAGCAGCAGCUGCUGGAGGGGCUCAAGCUCCCCCCGGCUGCUGCUGUGCAACCCCGCUCAGGCGAGGGGGGUAGUGGAAGUGGGGAGGGUGACGGAAACGAGGGGGGUAGUGGAAGUGGGGAGGAUAGCGGAAACGAGGCGGGGUGCGGGGCACCUCACAAAGCACUGGCUGCUGUGCUGAGGAGGAACACACACAGCGUGUUCCGGAAGAGAGGGGGUGCACGAGGGUUGCUGCUGAGGCGCACAGGCGGUGCGAGGAGCAAGGAGGGCGGCAAGGCAGGCCGGCAUGGGCCUCUGGCAGGUGGGACAGAAGCGGGUGUGGGAGAGGGGGAUGGGGAAGGGGAGAGUGACAGUGCAGAUAAGAUACUUCCAUCUGGUCCCGGUCCUGUUUCAUCCAGUGCUCCAUCUGGUGCCGCCCCCACUCCUGCUGGCCCCAGUACAAGCAGUGCCAGGGAACCCCGUGAGAAACUCGCCUUUGAAUUCCUCUGGGAUGACCGCGAACUCGCCCACCUAGCAGAGCAGUCGCAGACGUUCCAGCGCCUCAAGUCCCAGCUCCCCACCAUGGGUCGCAACCCACGGCUCAGUGACCGGGAGUUUGAGCGGCAGUUGCAGCAGCUGUGCGUGAUGAUUGAGGAGCGCGUGGGGGAGCUGACUGGGCGGUGUGACUUGAACCACGGGGCGUAUUUCCGGGACCCGAGGAUUUUGAGAGUGGUGGCGCAUUUUAUUGAGAAGCGGGAGCUUCCGGAGUGGUGUAAGGGUGUGGAUGGCGAUAUAUGGCGGUGGAAUGAGCAUUUGAAUGAGGUGCACUCGCUGCAGCUGCUGCAGCUGUCGCGGAGCGGCCGGGGAGCGGGGGGAGUGGGAGGUGAUGGAGGGGCGGAAGGCAGUGGGGAGUCUAUUUGUGCAGAGUGUAAGGGCGGUGCUUCUAUGCUGAAAUCGCUGUUUCGGAGUAUGCGGGGAGGGAGUCAGAGGGAAGGGGGCCAGAGGGAGAGCGGAGGGCACCAUGGGUUUUUGAGUGGGCAUGCAAUGCAUCUCCCACACAUGCCUGAAUGGGCCAGUGGUGCCCGCAGCUUGCAUCUCCCACAUAUGCCUGAUUUCGCUAGUGGCGCCCGCAGUUUGCAUCUCCCUCAUUUGCCUGAUCUGGCGAGUGGUGCCCGCGGUUUGCACCUUCCACACAUGCCUGAUUUUGCUAGUGGGGCAAAGGGCUUGGCUGAAGGGCUGUUAGGCCCGGGCAGCUUUGGGGGGCAUCACAAGGGCAAGGCAGUGGGCUUUGGCGCUGCUGCUGCUGCUGCUGCUGGCACUGCUGCUGCUGCUGCUGCUGCUGUUGCUGCCGCUGCUGCUGCUGCUGCCGCCGCCGCUGCUGCUGCUGCUGGUGCUGCUGGUGGUGGUGGUGUUUCACAAACUCCUGACAGCCACACGGAGAGGGUGGGCAGCAGCGGGCAGCAGGCACGUCGGCUGAUGAUGCAGCGGUCUCGGUCGGCCUCCCAUGGGUGA